CAUGCUAGAUGGAGCGGUUCGGGUUUCUCCUUUUCUCCUGCCUGGACCCUUCUUCUCCUCCAGAAGCCACAACGACCUGCAUCCGGACGCGGCGAGUCUUUAAAGGGGCCAGUCUCUAAAGGGGUCAGUAGUGGCGAUGCGGAAAACUUUGCUGUGGAAUUGGACCAAGUUCCUCGGCGUUGUAACAGUUCUGACAGUGUCCGCUCACGUCUUCCUGUCCUUAAGUAAACACUCAGCGGGACCCGACCCGCUUCCUGAGGAAGAAUACCGGCUCAUAUCCCCCCUCACGUACCAGUACCUUCUCAACCAGCCGGAUGUGUGCAGGGACAGAAGCCCCUUCCUGGUCCUCCUGGUGCCGGUCGCCCCCCAGGAGGCAGCAGCGAGGGACGCCGUCAGGAGAAGCUGGGGCUCCGCGGCGCGGGACGUCCUCACGCUGUUCUAUGCGGGGCUCCCGCCCUCCGGCCCGCAGUCCCGCCUCCAGCGGGCGCUGGUGGAGGAGAGCAAGCUGCAUGCAGACAUCAUCCAGAUGAACUUCAUGGAUAAUUACCAGAACUUGACUAUUAAGACCAUGAUGAUGAUGAAGUGGACAGCCACAUAUUGCUCCAGUGCCUCUUAUGCCAUGAAAGUUGAUGCUGAUAUAUUUGUGAAUGUUUACUACCUCAUCCAACGACUUAGGAGCUCCCCCAGGUUGGGCUUCAUCACUGGAUCUUUGAUCAGGGAUGGCACUCCCAGGAGGGACCCCCAGAGCAAGUGGUAUCUGGCAGAAGAGCAGUACCCUGAAAGCAGCUUUCCCCCCUACGUGUCUGGAGCUGGGUAUGUCUUCUCCACGGACCUGGCCAGCAGGAUCUCCUGGGCAUCCAGGUUUGUGCGGAUGAUCCAUCUGGAGGAUGCUUAUGUGGGCUUGUGUCUGCGCGUGCUGGGCGUCCGACCGGUGUACUCCUAUGACCUGUUCCUCAGGAACCUGUUUGAAAUCCAAAACCUGGCCUAUGACAGGUGCUCAUUUGCCAGGCUGGUCAUUGCCAAUGGGUUUCCACCACGCGAGCUGCUGCACGCUUGGCAGGACUUCGCUAAAGGCCACGCGAGCUGCUGACUGCAUGUAUUACGUGUUUCACUUUGAAUUUCAGUGGAAUAAGUUGCCUUCUGGAAAGAAUGAAAGUCAUUAGACACAUAAAGUUUGGUGUAUCAGGAAAAAUGUGUCUUGAAGGUGUGGACAGGUCAGAUUUAUGAAAUGUCACAUCUGAUUAAAAAAAAAAUCAGGUAGAAUUAUUGUGAUAUGUCACAGAAACAUAUUAAGCUAUUUUGGAAGUUUACACUGAAUAAUGAUGUCGUUUUUUAAAUAAGAACAUCCCUGAGUCAUUUGUGUGCUUCAUUUCAACUUUACUCAAGCGGAAGUUGUUUUCUUAAAACUGUUGGAUGAACAAAACAAAUCAUUUGAUGACCCUGUGUAAACCUUAAUGAAACAGGGGAAAAAAAGGUAAUUUAAUAGUUGAUUAGUAGAAUUAAGAGAUCGAAAAAAAAUCUCUCAUUUCAGUGAUUAAAUGUUAAGUUUAUCCAGCCUAAAUGAGAGUGUAUUGAAAUGACGGUGUCAAUGCCAUCAAAGAGUCCGUUUGUUUGGACUUGUUCACAUGUGCAGCAGUUGCCUAGUUGAUGUAUUUAUUUAAUUACUUUUUUUUUAGACAAAAAAAGAAAACACCCAGAUUUAAUAAUUUCAUGCUAUUUGCUAAUGUCUAUAGUGAUGCUCGAUCAUAGUAUAUGGAAGAUUCUGUGGUUUUUGAUUUAAAAGAAGAAACUUAAUGAUGUCCUCUUGACCUUUUACGGAAUUGUUAUAUGAACCAAACGUAAUGGAUUAAUUUAAAAGGCAAUCUAUAGUUGCAGAACUUUAACAGCGCUCACCUCCAAAUGAGACGGACUAAUGUUUCUCCUGAAGGAUGAAAUAAUUCUUAAGAAAAAAAUAGUUUUUUGCAUCAGAUAUUUAAAAUCAAUUCACUUGGGAUGAAACCAAAGACAGUAGAAUUAAAACUACUGUGAUAUGCGAGGAGAUGUACCAGUCAUGCAGUGGACAAUGUUUUCACCUUCACAGUGGCCUCCUGUGGUUCAAACCAAUAACUGCUGGUUUUACUUUUCUAACACUACAAAUGACAGUGGAGGGAAAUGUGAAAUUUGCUUUACGCAUUAUUUUCUUUAGUAAGUCUUUGUGCCUUUUCUGCUGCUGUUUAACCAAAGAGUCUUUCAAAUGUCCUUAUUCUAAGGUGGACAUGAGUCACAUAACGUGUGUUAUGUUACCACCGGUUGGUGGGUGUUACUUACUUUUCAGGACAUAGCAGUAAGUAGGCAAACAAUCUGAUUGGCAAGCACUUAAAAUUUAAAGUUAUCUUAACUCGAAUAACACCAAAACGAGCAGAGUUUGUACUGCAAAUAGUGCUAAAACCGUCUUUUGAAGCAAAGCCAUUUGGUACCGAUCAUAUAUUUUCUGUCAGUUUUACUGUCACAUUCAAAACAUACAUAUCACAUCCAAACUAGUCAUGGACUUAAAUCAUGAGACUAAAUUUGCUGAUGGACACAAAUGGUCCUUGUCCUUGUACAUAAAAACCUAUUCUUGCACGAGUUUCGUAAUAUCAAAUAUAAAUAUGAAUAAUCUACUAAGUGUAUUGCGCAAUUGUUUCAAAUAUUUCAUGCUUGAUUUAAUCAGUAAGCUGCUAUCACAUGAAGCUUCAGUACCAAAUCUUGUCAGAUGUGCCUUUUUGUUUUUUACUUAUAAAUGGUAACAGCUGGUGGCAGUAUGUACCAGAGCCUAAACAUGCAACGUCACUCUUAUGCAAAUAGAGAAUUUCCUUUGCGCAAAUAUUUUAAAAGGAUACUAAGUGAUUGUGUUUUUUUAGAAAUUUAGCUUUUGCCUUUUGUGCUUUAUACCGAAAUACCUCAGAUAUUGACAUCUUGUAUUUCUGUGUUUCUUCAUAAUAAUGUGCUUUCAUAAAUAAAAAGGGGCCAUGAAGAUAUUACUGAUGCCUAUAUUCACUAGCCUUUGCAGCUGCUCCACUAAGGAGUUUUAGUUUGACUUGCUGGAAUAAAUAGUGUCGCCGACCAGAUCAAAAUAAAGGAUUUGAAAAAGAAA